GCGCCGGGCGGCCAGCUUUCCUUCAGUUAGCGACCGGACGCGAAACUGGCUGUGUUGCUGUAGUGGGGAGGGCGUGGAGGCUGGUGAGCGCGUCGUCAGAGCCGUUUCUCUUCGGGAGUCUUCACAGACCGAGGGUCCACCCCCCGUGGCGGACUUGUUGGCACUUCUUGUUCCCGUCUCAGCUUCGGAACGUGGGCUGGGGCUCACCCCUCACCUCCGCGCCAGCCCUGGGAAGGAGGAGGUAGGAUGGAGUUCAAACUGGAGGCUCACCGCAUCGUCAGCAUCUCCCUGGGCAAGAUCUACAACUCGCGGGUCCAGCGCGGCGGCAUCAAGCUGCACAAGAACCUCCUGGUCUCGCUGGUGCUCCGCAGCGCCCGCCAGGUCUACCUGAGCGACCCGUGCCCCGGCCUCUACCUGGCCGGUCACCCGGGGGCCCCAGCGCCGCCGCAGCAGCCCGAGGAGUCGGCGGCCGGGCCACCCGCGGGCUGGGGGGAGCCACCUCCGCCGGCCGGCCGUGCCGCCUGGCCGGAGCCCGAGCCUCAGCCAGAGCGCCCUGCCGUCCCAGAAGUGCUAAGGGCGGGUGACUCGGAGCCCGCGGCCACGGUGACGGCCGCCGGGGACACUCUUCAGGGCGGAGAGGCGGAGGCGCCGGAAGCUGCCUGGCGCCGCGUGGAGGGACCGCGAGAGACGGCGGUCGGAGGAGCCGGGGGUCCCGCCGAAGUCUCGGGGGUCUUCCCCGAAGGGCCCGAGGCAGCGCGCGGCCCCUGCGGCUGCCCCCCGGGGGACGAGGACAAGCUGAGCGCGGCCCCUCGCGUGGACGGCUGCCGCGCGUCUCGCCCCGCUGCAGCUGAGCCCCCCGCGUCGCCCCCCGUCUGCGCCAGAAAGCGCGGCGCUGGGUGGGUGGGCGGCGGCCCCGCGGACUGCCCAGCGCCCGGCUCGACCCCGCUCAAGAAACCCCGCCGGAACUCAGAGGAGCAGCCGGGCGGGGCGGCGGCGGCCGCGGAGGAGGAGGAGGAGGAGGAGGAGAUGGAGACCGGUAACGUGGCUAACCUCAUUAGCAUCUUCGGUUCCAGCUUCUCGGGACUCUUACGGAAAAGCCCCGGGGGCGGCCGGGAGGAAGCGGAGGGAGAGGAGAGCGGUCCGGAAGCCGCUGAGCCCGGGCAGAUCUGCUGCGAUAAGCCGGUGCUGAGAGACAUUAACCCUUGGAGCACUGCCAUCGUGGCCUUCUGAGCCCCCGCGGUCCCAGUGCGGAGAGGAAGUUGAGCAGCGGGCGUCUCGACGUGAGGGCUGGGCCUCUCCCGGCGGCGAGGACGCCCCCGAGGCCGUCGGCGCCGAGCGCGAGGGGGUGCCGCCGGGCGGCACAGACUGCCCUUGGGCUUGGCGGCCGGCUGGGCCGAGCCUCUCGGUUCUCCUUUGGAGACUUCGGAGUGGGAGACUUAUUGGAAGAGGACGGCGAUCGUGGACUUUUGUGUCUGUGUCUGUGUAUGUCAGUUUGUCUCAUUGAAUUAAGGCUAUUUUGUCCCUCUGGAGAGCGUCCCUUCCCCGCGGUUUAGAAGAUUGGGGCAGACAGGGACUUUCCUCUGCCGGCAGCGCCGAGAAGGAAGCGGCGAAAAAGGCCGGGGCCGGGGAGUUCCCCGUUCGCUCUCGGGGGAGGAAGGGACUUUACACACACCUCUUACAUGAAAGCUAGAACCGCACCGAGGCCAGGAGCGGCGUUUCCUCCCAGGAUUUCCUCGGACUAGAGGGAUUUAGUCUGGAGUAGAGACUUGUAUUAUUUCUCUCCUUCCCCACUUUUCUCUGUCACUGAAGAAACGUUUAUACCCUGUGAUUACUCGGGGAAAGGGAGUGUUAGCGGCCCUUGUCUUCCUCACGGAGGGGAAAAAAGAGCUUGAUGAACUUCACAGAAGAGUUCAAGCUUGGAAAUACGGAGUUUAUAGAGAAAAGAUUUAUUUUUUAAAAGCUCUAGAUCAGAACUACUACACAGUGCUUUUAAAAAGUGUUUAAGGAAACAAAGUUUACAGACAGAAGCCCUAAGUGGAAAGGCCCUAUGGUUUUGUAGAUAGUAACUCCAGUCUUUGUUGUAUAAAGGUUGGGGGAACUGACAAGGUUUUUGUACAGUAUUUUCUCUUUCGUUGUAUUGAUUUUUGUAUAAAAAUGUAACUUUACGUGUCUAACACGUAUUAAAUAUUUUGAAGCAA